CUGAACGACAUACCGCAGGCGGCAUGGCUGGCGAUAUGGCCGUUGGCCCUGCUUGCCGUAUUCUAUUACAUGAAGGGCGAGAAUGACCAGCCCGUUCGCUAUCGAGUCCCUUCGCCCAAAACACCAGAACGAGAGGAGUUUCUCUCGAACCCAAGCGUCAAGGUCUCCGGGACGAGCGCGAUUCAAUGCUUUGCGCCCGCGACAGGACAGUUCCUUGGCUUCAUCAACGCCGCCUCUCCAUCUGCCAUCGACCGAGCCAUUGACGCCGCCGAGACUGCACAAAAGACAUGGGCCAGCACGACCUUCAGGGAAAGGCGCAAGGUGCUCCGGUCCGUGCUGCAGUAUGUUCUCGACAACCAGGAAGAGAUUUGCAGGGUGGCAUGCCUCGACUCGGGCAAGACGAUGGUGGACGCACAGCUGGGCGAGAUCCUCGUCACGGUGGAGAAACUGCAGUGGACCAUCACGCACGGCGAAAAGGCUCUCACGCCCGAGAGUCGACCGACAAACCUCCUGAUGGCCUACAAGAAGAAUACAGUGCACUACGAGCCUCUUGGCGUCGUGGCGGCGCUGGUCUCGUGGAACUACCCCUUCCAUAAUCUGAUCGGGCCCAUCAUCUCGGCCAUCUUCUCUGGGAAUGGUAUCCUCGUCAAGACCUCUGAGCAGACGGCAUGGAGCGCAUCCUUCUUUGCGAGCAUCGCGAGGGGCGCCCUGGUCGCCCAUGGCCACGAUCCUGCUCUCGUACAGACGGUCGUCUGCUGGCCACAGGUUGCGAACCACAUCACGUCUCAUCCGAAAAUCGCCCACAUCACCUUCAUUGGGUCACGACCUGUGGCACACAAGGUCGCCGAGUCCGCAGCCAAGGCCCUCAUCCCCGUGGUGGCUGAGCUGGGUGGCAAGGACGCAUGCAUGGUUGUGGACUCGGCCAAGCGAGACCUCUCACGAGUCACCGAGACGCUGCUCCGCGGCACUUUCCAGGCGGCAGGGCAGAACUGUAUCGGGAUCGAGCGCAUCAUCAUCACGCCAGGUAUCUACGAAGAGCUUGUUGGGCGCCUCGAGCCCCGCGUCAAGGCCCUCCGGCUAGGGCAGGAUCUCGACUUGGGCGCCGUCAUCUCGGAUGCAUGCUUUGCUCGGCUGGAGGGCUUAGUGCAGAAGGCAGUCAAGAGCGGUGCCCGUCUUCUCGCCGGUGGCAAGCGGUAUAAACACCCUGACCACCCCCACGGCUUCUACUUUGCCCCUACGCUCCUUGUGGACGUGACACCCGACAUGGACAUUGCGCAGGAGGAAUGCUUUGGUCCCAUCAUGGUCCUCAUGCGCGCCCCCUCGAAUGUUGCCUCGGACGUUCUCAGCAUUGCCAAUGCGCCCAACUUUGGCCUCGGGGCAUCCGUGUUUGGAAAGGAAUCGGACCCCGUGGUCCAGGCCAUCGUCAGAGGGGUCAGAAGCGGAAUGGUGGCGAUCAAUGAUUUCGCGGCCUACUACGCGGUCCAGCUCCCCUUUGGCGGAGUUGGUGGGUCAGGGUAUGGCAGGUUCGCCGGAGAGGAAGGACUCCGAGGACUAUGCAACAUCAAGGCCGUCUGUGCGGAUCGCUGGGGCUGGGCUGGCGUGAGGACGAGCAUCCCACCACCGAUCCAGUACCCUGUGGGCAGCCAGGAGAAGAGCUGGCGAUUUGCACGAGGCGUGGUCGAAACCGGCUACGGGAUUGGCCUGAUGAGGAAGGUGGGUGGUGUGUUGAGCAUAUUAAAGAAUAUGUAAAGGGCUCCGCUCCAUGAAGAGCCUUGUGUAUACAUACAAGUUUGGAAGAACUCCGCCCGGGUAUAUAUCUUCGAGAGAAGGGCUCAGAUGAGGAGACCUCUUGGCCAGUCAUGCUGGCCUUACCUAAU